AUGAUCGUAGAUCGCAUAGACGCUUGGCGCUUUCAUGUUAAAGGCGGGAGACGAGAUUGUAAUGUCGACUUGGAGAAUCGAACAUGCUCGUGCGGUGUGUAUAACGUUGAAAAAAUCCCUUGCUCUCAUGUUAUUGCAGCUGCAGCCGAAGCUAACGUCGACAUGUCCUAUUACGUAUGCGCCACUCAUUCGACGCCUUCCUUGUUCUCAACAUAUGCACAUCCGAUUUACCCCAAAGAGGGAACUGACUCCCACGUGAAGCCUGUUCGCUGUUUGCCUCCAGGGGAGAGUGUCCCUUCUGGAAGACCGAAGAAGUCGAGGUGGCAAACUUGGCUAGAGAUGUCUAGGAAGAAAAACACAAAACCGAGGAAAACGCAUAAGAAGUACAUCUAUGAAGUCUGCCGACGAAGUCUAUUUGGAAAGUCUAUCUAUGAAGUUUAUUGUGAGUCUGGCCAAUUUGUAUGA